AUGCGGCAUGUACAGAAGCGCCGCAGCUCUGAGCCGCUGCCUUUUCAAUCCAAAUGUGUGAGAAGAGAGAGCGAGGGUCCUUCAUCUGCAGACACAGAUGGGGGACUCUCCAGUGGGGAGGACAGCAGUCAUGGAAGUGAAAACCAGCUGGAACUGGAUCUGCGCAGGACGUCCCGCAAACACAACCUCACACAGCAGAACGUGCGCAACAUUCUCCGGGAGGUGAUCACCCAUGAGAAGGUGGUGGACAUGAUGAAAGCAGCAAUCCGGGACACACAGGACCUGCCUCUGUUCGAGCCCAAAAUGACCCGGUCCAGACUGAAGCAGGCCGUGGAGCAGGGACAGAAAGUGAACUGGAGCCUCCCGGGGGUUGCAGCCACUAACAGGGCCUCGGGCUUCGUGGACAUGGAUUUGGAGGAAGAGGAGGACACGUCUGAUGAAGAGUACUGUCCUGAUGAAGAGGAGGAGGAGGACACCACAGACGAGAUGCUGUUGAGUGAUGGAGACAGUCUGGCCUCUCCCCUCAGACUGACCUGUCCCCAGAACCCAGACCAGACCCAAGUCCAGACCCCAGUCCAGACCCCAGCUGGGACCACACAGGGGACCACAGGGACCGCAGCAGAUCCCGGGACCACAGAGCCUUUCUCGGACCCCCUCACAGACUCCUUCAUCGACCGACUGAACGCUGUGGAGGAGGAGCUCAACUGCAGCUCUGACUUCUACUACCAGGAGGACCCUCUGGCCUGUCGUACACGCUCAAAGCUCCCCCUGGUGGACGUUCCCAUAAACCGUCUGGAGGCGGAGCUUCUGGCCCCUGACAUCACAGCCGACAUGUACGGCAGCCCCACACAGAAGACCAGGGACCCACACUGGACCCAGUGGCUCCAGGGUCUACUGGCCCCAGAGAACACAGAGGAGGCAGAGGAUGAGGACGACCCUGAGUAUAACUUUCUGGAGGACGUGGAUGAACCGGACAUGGAGGACUACAGGACCGACCGAGCCGUGCAGAUCACGAAAAAGGAGGUGAACGAGCUGCUGGAGGAGUUCUUCGAGACGCUUCAGGAGCAGGCGGCUGAGGAAGAGGAGCGUGACGAAGCCGAGGAGGAAGACUUGUGUGUGCCCGGACCAGAGUUCAAAGUCCCUCAGUCUGUUUACCCUGAGGAUCAACAGAAGAAUGUGACGAAGCCGAGUCAGCGACGAAGAGUUCUUCAGGACACAACCAACACCACACAACCCCCAGCACUGAACCAGUCCAGGAGCCAGGGACCCCAGCCUCAGCUAUCAGCCAGCCAGGGGCCCCAGCCUCAGCCAUCUGCCAGCCAGGGGCCCCAGCCUCAGCCAGCUGACAACAAGGGGCCCCAGCCUCAGCCAUCUGCCAGCCAGGGGCCCCAGCCUCAGCCAGCUGACAACAAGGGGCCCCAGCCUCAGCCAUCUGCCAGCCAGGGACCCCAGCCUCAGCUAUCAGCCAGCCAGGGGCCCCAGCAUCAGCUAUCUGCCAGCCAGGGACCCCAGCCUCAGCGAUCUGCCAGCCAGGGGCCCCAGCCUCAGCUAUCUGCCAGCCAGGGGCCUCAGCCGCCUCUCAGCUCUUCUGGGACCCAGCCUCAGCCUUCAGCCUCAGACCCUGUGAUGGAGACUGAGACCCUAACGCUGCGACUGAGCGACCCCCAGAGGAAACAUCUGCAACAACAGAUCCAGCAGCACGUCCAGCUGCUGACACAGGUCCACCUCUUGACCAAAGACAUCCAGGCUCUGCACCAUGAAGCCGACAUCACCAGAAACUUCCUGGGGGAGCUGGACCUCUUCUGGCAUAUUCUGUACUGGACUCUUCUCUCUUCUGCAGGCAAGUUGCUCAGUGGGUUGUUUGCUCAGAAAUGCCAACACGUCCACGUCACCAAAAUCACUGGGACACACAACACAGAGGCUCUGCACCGACCCCCCCUCUGCCUCCCUGCUGCAGCCUCUGAUGGUGCCUCUGCUGGGGCCGUGAAGCGCUGGCUGCCCUCCAUGACCCCCAUCACCAGCGGUCGCUCUCGCCCUCGCCGCCUCAGACGCAGAGGUCAGGACAGACUGAGUAAAGACGCCUCUAAACUGCUGCUGCUCUACGACCAGAACAUUCUGGAGAAAGACCCGCACCGAGAGAGCAAGGACACGGCCUUCGCCCAGGGCUACCUCAGCCGGGUAAGACUGGACCUCAGACACAGGACCUCAGACACAGGACCUCAGCCACAGGACCUCAGACACAGGACCUCAGACACAGGACCUCAGACACAGGACCUCAGCCGGGUAAGACUGGACCUCAGACACAGGACCUCAGACACAGGACCUCAGCCACAGGACCUCAGACACAGGACCUCAGACACCGGACCUCAGACACAGGACCUCAGCCGGGUAAGACUGGACCUCAGACACAGGACCUCAGACACAGGACCUCAGCCACAGGACCUCAGCCACAGGACCUCAGACACAGGACCUCAGCCACAGGACCUCAGACACAGGACCUCAGACACAGGACCUCAGCCACAGGACCUCAGCCACAGGACCUCAGCCACAGGACCUCAGACACAGGACCUCAGCCACAGGACCUCAGCCACAGGACCUCAGACACAGGACCUCAGCCACAGGACCUCAGCCACAGGACCUCAACUGGGUAAGACUGGACCUCAGACACAGGACCUCAGACACAGGACCUCAACCACAGGACCUCAGCCGGGUAAGACUGGACCUCAGACACAGGACCUCAGCCACAGGACCUCAGCCGGACACAGGACCUCAGCCACAGGACCUCAGCCGGGUAAGACUGGACCUCAGCCACAGGACCUCAGCCACAGGACCUCAGCCACAGGACCUCAACCACAGGACCUCAGCCACAGGACCUCAGCCACAGUUAGACCUCAGGUGUACGAGGCCCUGCAGGACUCCCCGCUGCACAUAGAGCAGUUUGUGUCUCUCAUGUCUCAGUUUGAGACAGUGAGGGAGAUGCCGGGCGUGGUCUCUCUGUUCCGGAGGCUGCAGUGCAUUCUGGGAAAGCACACAGACCUGCUGCGAGACUUCGCUGCGUUCCUGCGACCGGAGCAGGCGCUGGAGUGCGGCCUGUUUGAGGAGCAGCAGGCCUUCGAUCGCAGUCGCCGCUUCCUUCGACAGUUGGAGAUCAGCUUUGGAGAUAACCCCUCCCACUACCAGAAGAUCAUCAAGGCUCUACAGAUGGGACCAGACCUGAGUCCUACCAGCGUCUGUGAGCUCCACGGCUCGUGCCGCUGUCCUCACCCCUGUUCUCCCCCUGUCCUCACCCCUGUCCUCCCCCUGUCCUCCCCCUGUCCUCCCCCUGUCCUCCCCGUCCUCACCCCUGUCCUCACCCCUGUCCUCCCCCCUGUCCUCCCCGUCCUCACCCCUGUCCUCACCCCUGUCCUCACCCCUGUCCUCACCCCUGUCCUCCCCCCUGUCCUCCCCGUCCUCACCCCUGUCCUCCCCCCUGUCCUCCCCGUCCUCCCCCCUGUCCUCCCCCUUGUACUCACCCCUGUCCUCAUCCCUGUCCUCACCCCUGUCCUCCCCCCUGUCCUCAUCCCUGUACUCACCCCUGUCCUCCCCCCUGUCCUCACCCCUGUCCUCACCCCUGUCCUCACCCCUGUCCUCCCCCCUGUCCUCAUCCCUGUACUCACCCCUGUCCUCCCCCCUGUCCUCCCCCCUGUCCUCAUCCCUGUACUCACCCCUGUCCUCCCCCCUGUCCUCCCCCUGUACUCACCCCUGUCCUCACCCCUGUCCUCCCCCCUGUCCUCAUCCCUGUACUCACCCCUGUCCUCCCCCCUGUCCUCCCCCUGUCCUCACCCCUGUCCUCACCCCUGUCCUCCCCCCUGUCCUCAUCCCUGUACUCACCCCUGUCCUCCCCCCUGUCCUCCCCCUGUCCUCACCCCUGUCCUCAACCCUGUCCUCACCCCUGUCCUCACCCCUGUCCUCACCCCUGUCCUCACCCCUGUCCUCACCCCUGUUCUCAUCCCUGUACUCACCCCUGUCCUCACCCCUGUCCUCACCCCUGUCCUCACCCCUGUCCUCAUCCCUGUCCUCAUCCCUGUCCUCACCCCUGUCCUCAUCCCUGUCCUCACCCCUGUCCUCAUCCCUGUCCUCACCCCUGUCCUCACCCCUGUCCUCAUCCCUGUCCUCACCCCUGUCCUCACCCCUGUCCUCCCCCCUGUCCUCACCCCUGUACUCACCCCUGUCCUCACCCCUGUCCUCACCCCUGUCCUCACCCCUGUACUCACCCCUGUCCUCACCCCUGUCCUCACCCCUGUCCUCACCCCUGUCCUCAUCCCUGUCCUCACCCCUGUCCUCACCCCUGUCCUCACCCCUGUCCUCACCCUGUCCUCACCCUGUCCUCACCCCUGUCCUCACCCCUGUCCUCACCCCUGUCCUCACCCCUGUCCUCACCCUGUCCUCACCCCUGUCCUCACCCCUGUACUCACCCCUGUCCUCACCCCUGUCCUCACCCCUGUGGUCGUGUUGUUGCAGCUGCGCGCUCAGAUGACGUCGCUGCUGAAAGGACACACUCACCUUCAGUCCGAGCUCUGGGUCUUCUUCGACGACCUGCACCCUCCCCCCGCUCAGCCCGGCCAGUUUGAGGAGGCGCAAUGGCCCGAGGAGACCGAGGGGAGGGAGGGGAGGGAGGGGAGGGAGGGGAGGGAGGGGGGAGACUCCGGCGGCUUCGAGGAGGUCACUCUGCCCGAGCUGGAGGAAGAAGAAGACCGACCCAAACUCCAGCACAUCCCAGUGAGACAGAGGAGGAAGGACGACAAGUGCGACGACUGGUCGGGGAAACCCUGGAUGUGUCUGUGUCACGAUGGAACCAACACCAGCAAACACCAGAAGAAGAAGUGUCCCAGGUGUAAGGUCAGAGUCGUGUCCAGGGCCAUGAAGAGCCUCCACCCGCUGUACUCUCCGAUGAGCUGUGAGAAAGAAGCCAGUCCUCAGCCAGAGCUGAGUGUUGCAUGCUGGGAGGACGAGGAGAAAGAGGACACGGAACAGACUGAGGCUCUGUCUGCUGCCGGGCAGUCCCACACCAUCCUCCACGCAGCCUGUGUCUCCCCUCGACUCCCCCCUCCGCAGCAGAGACUCCCCCCUCAGCAGCAGAGACUCCCCCCCUCAGCAGCAGAGACUCCCCCCUCAGCAGCAGACACUCCCCCCUCAGCAGCAGACACUCCCCCUUCAGCAGCAGACACUCCCCCCUCAGCAGCAGACACUCCCCCCUCAGCAGCAGACACUCCCCCCUCGGAGCCUGCGGUCUGCGCCAAGAACAUGUCUCUGACCCCAAGCGGAGAGAAGGUCAUUCUAUGGACCAGAGAUGCAGACAGAGUGAUCCUGACUCACUGUCAGCAGGAGGGCGCCAACCCCAACACCUUCCACCAGGUGUCCACAGAGCUGAGGAACAAGACCCCAGAGCAGGUUUCUCAGAGGUUCCAGGAUCUGAUGCGGUUGUUUCACACAACGGCGAGAACCAGCAACACUGAAGAACCAGCAACAACUAAACCCGAUUGA